GCAAACUCCUUUAGAGUCAUGCAAAAUAGCUGCUUUAUUUACUUGCAACCAAACAACUCCUAAGAUCUCUCGUUUUGAAGUCAAAUGAUGCAAAUUGCGAAUGAUUGGAGUUUUUUGCUGUAGGGCCACUUGACACUUAAUACUCCAAACUAGGUACUUGAAAUUGAUCUUUGCCGAGAUGUAUAGUGCUCCAAAUUCAUCCUUCCAUUAAUUUGUAAAUAAGAUAAACCAAAGCCAUGUAAAGAGAUAAACACUGAACGGUGGAUGUGACAUUAUUGUCCACAAAAUCUCCAGCUGAUCCCAAUAGCAAAAUCUCUAUCGCUUCACCGUCUCCUGGUUUCGCCGUCGAUCAAAAUCCUAGGGUUUACUAACAAACCAGGAUGCCGUCUGCCGUGAUCCUCCCAGCAUCCAUCGCCAUCCCUAGAUCCUCCAACCGAUCCCUAUGUUCCUGCGGGGUUUUCACCGGCACCGACAUAUUUCAAUCCUUUUCCAUUGCCACCACCUCAUUCACAACUGCCGGCGACUACAACUCGUUGGCCACCAUCCGCAUGGGUGGCGGUCCCCGCACCUACCCCGGCGGCGUAUCUAAGUGGCAGUGGAAGCGAAUGCAGGCUAAGAAGUCGAAGCAGCUGCUCAAAGCUCGGCUGUGCCGCGAACGCCAGCUCUACGAGAUGCGGAAACGAGCGGAGCUCAAGGCUGCCAUUUCUGAGCUCGAGCGUCCCUGGGAGGUUGUGGAGCGCGCCCCCGUGCUCUUCUCCACCUCCGCCGAUGAGCAGAUAAAGGCGCUGGCCGAUCGCUUCCAGCGCUCCAACGGCUUCGACAUGUGGUCGGAGAGGGAUGGCCCCCAACUCUUCCGCUCCCCUGAUGAUCUCCCCUCCGUCCACAGCCUGAAACCCCGUGGCGUUGUUAUGACGGCGGGAAGGAGGAGAAGAUGA